UACCCCGCGGACGAACUGGACUCGUGAAGAGGUGCAACAAAUUUACGAAACCCCAUUGAACCAAUUAACCUAUGCUGCAGUACGUUGCAACACUGUGAUCUUCUAUUGAUUACAUGCGAAUCAAUUCGAGCAUUGACUAAUCCCACCAGGCUGCCGUUCACCGUCGCUUCCAUGACCCCUCCGCCAUCCAGAUGUGUACCUUGAUGAAUAUUAAAACCGGAGGAUGUAGUGAAGAUUGCUCUUACUGCGCCCAAUCCUCUCGGUACGAUACCGGUCUAAAGGCGACCAAAAUGAGCCCUGUCGAUGAGGUUCUCAAGGCAGCUCGCAUCGCCAAAGCGAACGGAAGCACUCGUUUUUGUAUGGGGGCCGCCUGGCGCGACAUGCGGGGUCGCAAGACAAGCCUGAAGAAUGUCAAGCAGAUGGUUUCCGGUGUUCGCGAGAUGGGCAUGGAAGUUUGCGUGACUUUGGGCAUGAUCGAUGAAAACCAGGCCAAAGAGCUAAAGGACGCCGGUCUGACCGCCUAUAACCAUAACCUCGACACCUCGCGCGAAUUCUACCCAACCAUUAUCACAACCCGUUCUUACGAUGAACGUCUCCAGACCCUGUCACACGUCCGAGAUGCUGGCAUCAAUGUCUGCUCCGGUGGAAUUCUUGGUCUUGGAGAGGCGGAUUCUGACCGUAUUGGUCUCAUUCACACUGUUUCCUCUCUGCCCUCGCAUCCCGAGUCCUUCCCCGUCAAUGCCCUCGUUCCCAUCCCCGGUACCCCUCUAGGAGAACGCAAAAUGAUCUCCUUCGAUAAGCUCCUGCGUACCGUCGCCACUGCCCGUAUUGUGCUUCCCGCUACGAUCGUCCGUCUCGCAGCCGGCCGGAUCUCCCUCAGUGAGGAGCAGCAGAUCGCCUGUUUUAUGGCCGGGGCCAACGCCGUCUUCACCGGUGAGAAGAUGCUGACCACCGACUGCAACGGCUGGGACGAAGACCGUGAGAUGUUCGAACGAUGGGGCUUCUACCCCAUGCGCAGCUUCGAGAAAGAGACCAGUGUUGUCUCCCCCCAGCAACAGAUCGACUCUGUUGCCGCUGAAAAUUAAAAGUCCUCCGCUGCGCCGGCCGCAGGCACCUUGUAUGAUUGAUAGAGGAGCGCUACCACCUGUGGCGCUGUUAGAGCCAAUAUGAUUAUUCCAAUCUCAAAAGAA